UUCAACCAAAGCGAACUUCUUCUCGCAUCACACAGCUCCAAAGCGAAAACAUAAAACCUCCUAACGAAACUCUACUCGUCCUAUAUCAAAAAUCCAACCAUCCAACAUGUCUGGCACUCAGAACAAGAACCCCGGCAACUUUGCCAACCGCCCCGAGGAAGAAGUGCGCGAGAUUGCCUCCAAGGGUGGCCAGUCCAGCCACAGCGGCGGCUUCGCCAGCAUGGACCCCGACAAGCAGCGCGAGAUCGCUUCCAAGGGCGGUCAGGCCUCUUCCGGCAGCUUCGAGCCCGGCAGCGAGCGGGCCCGCGAGGCAGGCCGCAAGGGCGGUUCCCGGACCGCUGCUGACACCGACUAAUUAAUUAACUGCGGUGUUUGUUGUGUGGCUACGAAACGACUUUGAAUGUGACGACCUCGGGCGGGACCCGGCGCAACGUUUGUACUAUUAAUGGGAACUUUAUUUUUUUUUAUUCUUUUUUUUUAUUUUCUACUUCCUCGGUCGGUCGGGUCGACGGGUCAACGGGUCUCUCUAACACAUAUUAAGUAGACCCCCUGGAUUCCGAAGACCCUACAUUCUGAACACUUGGCAAACUGAUGCAGUACGUUGUCUACGGACGCGUCCAUCAUGUAAGGUUGGAUAAGAUAAGACCUGUGGAUCUGGCAAACGGGCUGGCAAACGGAGGGUUCUUUGUUCCUAAUCCUCUACUUAUACCAGAGCCACAGGGCCAACAUACGUAGGAAGAAGAUAUCGCACUUUUGAACUAUUUACAACUUACCAACUCUUCCAUCUAUUGGAAC